CGCAGCUCUGGAGUUAGCGGCGGCGCUAGCAGCAGGUGUGGUCUGCAAGGUCGAGGAAGCCGCUUAAUCAUCGCGUCGCUUCGAAACUCGGGAGGUUACAGCUGGUAUCCUCCUGACGCGCGUCUCAUUAGCGCCAUCGAGGCAGCCCGCGCAGGGAGAGCCGUCGCUUUGCGUCUUCAAGUCUGCCCCUCCAAGAUACACAUUCACAGGCAGCUAUGGCGGAGGAUGACGAAGUAGAGGUACCCAGCUUCAUGGACGACGAAAGAGUGCGGUUUGUAGGGAGCCGCCUCUGCCAGUGUUUAAAAGUAAGAGAGGACAGAUGGGAGAAGUAUAUCACUGUGGAAGAAAAUCAGAAAGUGCUAUCAGAUUUCUUGGAAAAAGACUGCUAUGACAGGCUGUUCUUCUACGUUUCGCCAGCCGGUACACUGACUGCCGCUGAGGAGAUGCUGUACAAUCUGAAAAGUAAAGCAGUCUAUGUUACAAAACAGAAUGCAGAAGUCAUCCUUGCUGACAAUUAUAAAAAAGCACUUGUGUUUGGAGAAUUGUCUGCUCUUCCUUUGGAACAGGUGACAAAUGCAAUUGAAAAGGUAUUGGUUCCAGUGCUCUUCAGUCAGAACAACCACAGAAAAUGGCCACUUUUCAUUUCCCAGGAUGUGACCCGGCAUGUUGAAAAUUUGAAAAAUAAGGUUGCAGUUGUGAAAGGCCAGUAUUCUGGAAGAACUGUUCUUCCUAUUCCAACAGUCACUUCAAAGAUUGAAGAUGCACAAAAUGAAUAUAUUUGCAAGCAAGACUACAGCUAUACAACUGUAGUACAUGCAAUUGAAACCAUGGUCAUAAGCUGGACGCAUCAGAUUAGAGAUCUCCUUAAAACUGAUUCAGCUCAACCACUGCUAGAAGGCUUAAACCCAAACCCAAAAACUGAGUUGGAGUUUUGGAAAGAACGCAAAGAAAAUAUGAUAUAUAUUUCAAAUCAGCUUAAUAGCCCCAUUGUUCAAAAAAUGGUCAGAAUAUUGGCAGUCUCAGACAGCACCUACUAUCCAACAUUUAAAGAAAUCUUUCAGGAUGUAUCAGAUGCUCUUAUUGAGGCCCAAAAUAUUGAGUUGCAUUUGAGGCCACUGCAAAAAUACAUUGAUCUUUUAUUAGAAGAGGAAUUUAGUAAGAUCACGGACUACUUUACCCCUUUAUUUCAUGUCAUAUGUCUGAUCUGGACCCAUUCCAAGUUUUACAGUAUUCCUGCUCGUAUUGUAGUGCUACUUCAGGAGUUUUGCAAUUUAUUGAUUGACCAGGCUAUGGUCUACUUAUCCCCUGAGGAUCUUCUUAAAGGUGAAGCUGAAGAAAUGCUGGAAAAAGUUCAAAUUGCUGUAGCAACAUUCACAGCAUUUAAGGAAUCUUUCUUAAAACAUAGGGAGAAGCUACCAAGUUAUGCUUUAUCUGGAGAGCAAUUCAGGCCAUGGGAUUUCCAUUCCCAGAUGGUGUUUGCCAGGUUUAACCGUUUUCUAGGCCGCUUGAUUGAGGUGCAGGAUCUUUUUUGCAAUAUUCUGGAGUUCCAAAAGUUAGAGAAGCUUGAAUUUGGGGGGAUCAAAGGAAGAAAUCUCAGUGAACAAGUUCAACUUAUCAACAAUGAGUUUAUGGAUUGUUGCAAAAUAUUCAGAGACCAUAUCUAUGAUCCUUUGGAUUAUAACUGUCAGGAAUUUGAGAAUGAUUAUCAUUGUUUUAAAGAAAAGAUUGCCGACUUUGAAAGAAGGCUUGGGACAAUUAUUUUUAUAGCAUUUACUGAUUGCUGUGGAUGGGAAUCUGCCUUCAAGCUUAUUGCUGUCUGUAACUUCUUCUUGGAGAGACCAGCUGUUAAGGAAGUUUUUGAUCCCUGUUACCCAACAUUGCUUUUGAUGGUUGAUGAGGAACUUGAUAAUUGCAAGCAACUUUACGAUUCUCACAUUCAACAGAUGGAAAAAGGUAUGGGGAUACUGAACAAAAACAUGCCUGUAGCUUCUGGAUGUCUUAAGUGGAUAAAAGAGCUCAAGGAAAGGAUUGAAAGACCAUGGUCAACCUUGACGUUUAUCCAUCAUGGGAGUGUUGAAGGUGCAGAUGCAAGAACAGUGUACCAGAGAUAUUUGGAAAUGCUCAGUUUACUGGAUUGUUAUGAGGAUAAGGUCUUCUCAGUUUGGUCCAGUGGCAUGGAUGAAAUAUGUGAGUUGAAUCUAGAUCAACCACUAUUAAGGCGAGACGUUUCCAGUGGACUCCUUUCUGUGAAUUUUGAUCCCAAGCUUGCAGCUGUGCUUCGAGAAGUGAAGUAUUUGAAGAUUUUAAGCCAUAAAAGCAUUCCAGAGGCAGCUCUACAGGUGUUCGAGAAGAGAGAAAGAUUUGUAAAGUAUAUUGGAAACCUGGAACUUCUUGUUACUUGGUACAAUAAGCUUAAGUUAACUACGUUGGAAGUAGAGUACCCCUUAAUUAGGGAUAAACUAAAAGACAUUGAUAACCAGCUACAAGUGGCCGAAGACAAACUUACAUGGCAAGAUGACAGCUGUUGGGAUUAUAUAAUAAAUAUGAAGGAUACUGUACACAGCCUUGAAAGAGAGGUUCAGAAGACAAAAGACAAUGUGGAAGAUAUUCAAGCAAUUAUGAAGUCCUGGAGUGAUCAGGCACUUUUUUGCAGAAAGGACAACAAAAAGGAUGGUUUGUUAUAUAUGGAAGAUAAGCAGGAAAAGGUUCAGAAAAGAUAUAGAUCUAUACAAGAAGAUGGCAAAAGAAUACAGAAGUUGGUUGAGGAGAACCUCAAUCUUUUCAAAGCAGAUUCUCUGUCUGAAUCGUGGAAGGCUUAUUUGGAGUUUAUGGAUGAAAUGGUCGUUGAUGGCUUUUUCAGUGCCAUUUUGUGCUCUUUGGAUUUCUUUAUUGAAAAUACAGAUGAUUUCUUGAGACUUUCCCCACUCUUUGAAGCUCAGAUGAGCCUGAAUGCACCUGAAAUCAUAUUCAAGCCCUCACUUGAUAAGGAGGCUGGUGAUGGAUUUUAUGAUGUGAUUGAAGAAUUGUUGAGUGAUAUUUAUAAAAUGUCAGCUCAAAUGGAGAGAUUAGCAGACCAUUUGGGAGUGAGCACCUACCAGCAUGACAUGGACAGUAUGUUGGAUCUGCAAGACUUACGUCAAGAAAUCCUGGAUAGAGUGACCAGUGUCAUAAAUAAAGCCAAAGAAUGUAAAAGUUCAUUUGACAUAUAUGCUUACCUUUGGGUGGAUGAUAGAGCUGAGUUUAUGAAGCAGUUUCUUCUAUAUGGUCAUGUUUUAACCACAGAGGAGAUAGAAGCUGCAGGAGAAGAGGUCUUACCAGAGAACCCUCCCAGCAUUGAACAGUUUAAAGAACAGAUUGAUAUCUUUGAAAGCCUUUAUGCACGAAUCAGUAAACUUGGCGACACUAAAGUGUUUGACAAUUGGUUUCGGGUUGACAUCAGGCAGUUUAAAACAAGCCUUUUGAAUACAAUUAAAAAGUGGAGUUGGAUGUUUAAAGAGCAUCUUAUGUCCUAUGUUAUUGACAGCCUUAAAGAACUAGAAGACUUUAUUAAAGAAGCUGAUGCUGUCCUUCUGACACCUGUAAAGGAGGGUGACUAUAAAGCCCUUGUGAAAACAAUGGGAUAUCUUCUGGCAGUAAAGGAUCACCAAGCCAGUACAGAUGAUCUUUUUGAACCUCUGAAGCAAACUAUAUCUCUCCUACAAGCCUAUGAUCAAAACAUGCCAGACCAGGUUUACAUGCAAAUGGAGGAGUUGCCAGAAAAAUGGAAUAACACUAAGAAAAUAGCCGUUUCAGUAAAACAUGAAGUUGCACCUCUUCAAACUGCUGAAGUCUCACUGAUUCGUAAAAAAUGUGUAGCAUUUGAAGUUAAACAAGUCCAGUUUAGAGAACGGUUUCAUAUGGAAGCACCUUUUAAUUAUAAUGCAGACAAACCAUAUUUUCUCUUAGCAAAGGGUAAUGAGGAGAUUACGAUUCUAGAAGAGCAAAUGUCAGAAUUGCAAGAUGCUUGUAAUCUUUUUGAAGUGUCAGUUCCAGACUGCAGACACCUCAAACAGUGCCGAAAGGAAAUAUAUCUUUUGAAGGAGCUUUGGGAUAUUAUUGUAUUUGUGAGGACUAAUAUUGAAGACUGGACUAAGACGAAGUGGAGAAAGAUUAAUGUUGAGCAGCUUGAUGUGGAACUAAGGAGGUUUGCCAAGGAAAUCAGAACAUUAGAUAAAGAGGUUCGAAGCUGGGAUGCAUAUACAGGACUGGAUUCCACUGUAAAGAAUAUGUUGACCUCUCUGAGAGCAGUGACUGAGUUGCAAAACCCUGCUAUCCGAGAAAGACACUGGCAACAACUCAUGAUUGCCACUAAUGUGAGGUUUUCCAUGAGUGAAGAUGCAACUUUAGAGGAUUUGUUGGCUUUGCAGCUGCACAAAGUAGAAGACGAAGUUAGAAACAUUGUGGAAAAGGCUGUGAAGGAGAUGGGGAUUGAAAAGGUUCUUAAAGAAAUCAGUCAGACAUGGACCACUAUGGAAUUUUCUUAUGAAGAACAUUAUCGGACAAGAAUUUUACUUUUAAAACCAGAUGAAGAACUAGUAGAAAUCUUAGAAGAUAAUCAGGUGCAGUUACAGUCUAUACUACAGAGCAAGUAUGUUGAGUACUUUAUAGAACAGGUUUCUAGCUGGCAAAAAAAACUCACAGUAGCUGAUGCUGUCAUAUUUAUUUGGGUGGAAGUCCAGCGUACAUGGUCACAUUUGGAAAGCAUCUUCAUUGGCUCUGAUGACAUUAGAAAACAGCUUCCAGAAGAUGCAAAUAGGUUUGAUGGAAUAGAUGUGGAUUUUAAGGAACUAAUGUUUGAAAGUGCUAAAACCAAAAAUGUAAUUGAAGCUACAAACAAACCUUAUUUACAUGAAAGGCUAGAAGAUAUUCAAAGCAGGCUAUCCAUUUGCGAGAAAGCUUUAGCUGAAUACUUGGAAACAAAGCGUCUUGCCUUUCCACGAUUUUACUUUGUGUCCUCGGCAGAUUUGUUGGACAUCCUUUCCAAAGGAGCACAACCUCAAGAGGUCGCUCGUCAUCUGGCUAAGCUGUUUGACAACAUGGCUGAUCUACAGUUUAAGGAAAAUGAAAAAAAGGAGAUGAUGACAACUGCAUUCGGAAUGUACAGUAAAGAAAAAGAGUUUGUUUCAUUUCAUUUGGACUGUAGAUGUAUUGGACAGGUUGAAACUUGGUUGAAUCAUUUGGAAGAAACAAUGCGUGAAACAGUUCGGCGUCAUAUUACUGAAGCAGUUGGAGCCUAUGAAGAGAAACCCAGAGACCAAUGGGUGUUUGACUACCCUGCUCAGGUGGCCCUAACUAGUUCACAGAUAUGGUGGACAACAGAUGUGGGCAUUGCUUUUGAAAGACUCGAAGAAGGUUUUGAAACUGCACUCAAGGACUACAACAAAAAGCAGAUUGCUCAGCUAAAUGCUCUCAUCAACUUACUAUUAGGAGAGCUUAGUCCUGGAGAUAGGCAGAAGAUUAUGACCAUAUGUACAAUUGAUGUACAUGCCAGAGAUGUUGUGGCAAAGCUAGUGGCUCAAAAGGUAACUAACUCGCAAGCAUUUGUUUGGUUAUCCCAGCUCCGUCAUCGCUGGGAUGAUGCUGAAAAGCACUGUUUUGCCAACAUUUGUGAUGCACAGUUCCAGUACUCAUAUGAAUACUUGGGAAACACUUCUCGUUUGGUGAUAACACCUCUUACUGACAGAUGUUAUAUUACUCUUACACAAUCAUUGCAUCUGAUUAUGAGUGGAGCACCUGCAGGACCUGCUGGCACAGGAAAAACUGAGACAACCAAGGAUUUGGGGAGAGCUCUUGGUGUAAUGGUGUAUGUCUUCAACUGUUCAGAACAAAUGGACUAUAAGUCUAUUGGCAAUAUUUACAAGGGCUUGGCUCAGACUGGUGCUUGGGGUUGCUUUGAUGAGUUUAAUCGAAUCUCUGUUGAGGUCCUGUCGGUGGUAGCAGUUCAAGUGAAGACCAUACAAGAUGCAAUUAAAAAUAAGAAAAAAAGGUUUUUGUUCUUGGGUGAAGAAAUUAUGUUGAAAUUUUCUGUGGGAAUAUUUAUUACCAUGAAUCCUGGCUAUGCUGGAAGAACUGAACUCCCUGAGAACCUUAAAGCACUUUUCAGGCCAUGUGCGAUGGUAGUGCCAGACAUUGAGCUGAUUUGUGAAAUAAUGCUUGUGGCAGAAGGAUUUCUUGAUGCUCGUCAUUUGGCUAGAAAAUUCAUAACUUUAUACACUCUCUGCAAGGAGUUACUGUCGAAACAGGAUCAUUAUGACUGGGGUCUCCGAGCAGUAAAGUCUGUGCUAGUUGUUGCAGGCUCACUGAAAAGAGGAGAUAAAGGCAGACCAGAGGACCAGGUAUUAAUGCGUGCACUGAGAGAUUUUAACCUGCCCAAAAUAAUAAGUGAUGAUGUGCCAAUAUUUAUGGGCCUGAUUGGAGAUCUUUUUCCUGCUUUGGAUGUUCCAAGAAAGAGAAACAUGGAAUUAGAACAAAUGGUGAGACAAUCCAUCCUUGAUCUCCGCCUACAACCUGAAGAGAACUUCAUUCUCAAAGUUGUCCAGCUGGAAGAACUUCUAACAGUGCGUCAUUCAGUUUUUGUUGUUGGAAAUGCAGGAACAGGAAAAAGCCAGAUUUUAAAGACUUUAAACAAGACAUAUUUUAAUUUGAGAAGAAAGGCAGUUUGGAAUGACCUUAAUCCAAAAGCUGUUACUACCGAUGAACUUUUUGGGUUUAUUCAUCCAGCAACACGAGAGUGGAAAGAUGGAUUACUAUCAUGUCUAAUGCGAGACCAAGCAAACAUAUUACAUGAUGGACCAAAGUGGAUUGUGUUAGAUGGAGAUAUAGAUCCAAUGUGGAUUGAAUCACUGAAUACUGUAAUGGAUGACAAUAAGGUUCUGACACUAGCCAGUAAUGAGCGUAUUCCACUUACACCCACAAUGAGACUUGUUUUUGAAAUCAGUCAUCUAAGAACAGCAACUCCAGCCACAGUGUCCAGAGCAGGAAUUUUAUAUGUUAACCCACAAGACCUUGGGUGGAAUCCAUAUGUUGCAAGUUGGAUUGAUACAAGAAGCCAGCAGUCAGAAAAAGCCAAUUUAACAAUUCUGUUUGAUAAGUAUGUCCCUCCUUGUUUAGAGCAAUUGAGGUGCAACUUCAAGACAAUUACUCCAAUUCCUGAAAGCAGCAUGGUUCAGACUCUUUGUUUUUUGUUGGAUUGUCUCUUAACUCCAGAGAAUGUUCCCUCUGACUCACCUCGGGAACUCUAUGAGCUUUAUUUUGUCUUUGCCUGCAUUUGGGCUUUUGGUGGUUCUGUAUAUCAAGAUCAUCUUAUUGAUUACCGAGUGGAAUUCAGUAAAUGGUGGCUUAAGGAGAUGAAAACUGUCAAGAUUCCAGCCCAGGGAACUGUUUUUGACUAUUACCUUGACUCAAAAACUAGAAAGUUUUUACACUGGAAUGAUAAAGUGCCUGUGUUUGACAUGGAACCAGACAUACCUUUACAGGGGGUGUUUGUGCACACUUCUGAAACAACCUGUCACAGGUUCUUCAUGGAUUUGCUUUUGGAUAAAGGCAAGCCAGUAAUGCUGGUGGGCAGUGCAGGGGUUGGAAAAACUGCAUUGGUUACAGACAAAAUAGCAGAACUUUCUGAUGAUUACAUAGUAUCAAAAGUACCUUUUAACUAUUACACAACAUCUUCAAUGUUGCAAAAGGUACUUGAAAAACCCCUAGAAAAGAAAGCUGGUCGGAAUUAUGGCCCACCAGGAAAUAAAAAGCUUAUUUACUUUGUUGAUGACCUUAACAUGCCUGCAGUUGACACAUAUGGAACAGUUCAACCUCAUACUCUAAUUCGGCAACAUCUAGACUGCAAGCACUGGUAUGACAGACAAAAGUUAAGCCUUAAAGAAAUUCACAAUUGUCAAUAUGUUGCUUGCAUGAAUCCAGCAGCUGGAAGCUUCACAAUCAAUACUCGGCUACAGCGUCAUUUCUCAGUGUUUGCCGUGAAUAUCCCCUCUGCUGAUGCAUUGGAUACAAUCUAUGGAAAUAUCUUGAGUUUUCAUUUCAAACAGCAUCCUUUCAAUCCAGCUGUGAUAAAAUCAGGAAGCAUAGUGGUCCAGGCAGCCAUCUGGCUCAGUCAGAAGAUGGUUCAGAACUUUUUGCCAACAGCUAUUAAAUUUCACUACAUUUUUAACUUGAGGGACCUUUCUAAUAUUUUUCAGGGGAUUUUGUUUUCAACACCUGACAGUAUAAAGCUGACAACAGACCUGGUUCAACUUUGGCAGCAUGAGUCUUCCCGUGUCUAUGCUGACAAACUGGUCGAAACCAAAGACUAUACCUUAUUUCAAAAGCUUCUCCUUGACACUGCACACAAGUACUUUGAAGGUGUAGAGGACCACAUUCUGCUACAGCAACCUCUGAUUUAUUGCCAUUUUGCCAAUGGAUCUGGAGAUUCUCGUUAUAUGCCAGUUAAAGGUUGGGAUGUACUCAAGAAAAUAUUAACGGAGACUCUUUACAGCUACAAUGAGCUCAACGCUGAAAUGAACCUUGUUCUUUUUGAAGAUGCCAUGCAGCAUGUGUGUCGCAUUAGCCGUAUCUUGGAAUCUUCUAGAGGUUAUGCCCUUCUCAUUGGAGUAGGAGGCAGUGGAAAGCAGAGCCUCUCAAGAUUAGCAGCUUAUAUCAGCUCCUUGGAUGUCUUCCAGAUCAUACUAAGAAAAGGCUAUGGCAUUCAAGACCUUCGGGUGGAUCUAGCCAAUUUGUACAUCAAGACUGGAGCCAAAAAUAUGCCCACUGUGUUUUUGUUAACAGAUGCCCAAGUUCCAGAUGAACGCUUCCUUGUUCUAAUUAACGACUUGCUGGCAUCAGGAGAAAUACCAGAGUUAUUCAAUGAUGAAGAAACAGAGAAUAUUAUCACUGGAAUAAGAAAUGAGGUCCGAAGUCUUGGCUUGCUUGAUAACAGAGAAAAUUGUUGGAAAUUUUUCAUAGACAGAGUCCGUCGACAGCUUAAGGUCAUUUUGUGUUUCUCACCGGUUGGUUCAACACUGCGUGUCAGGGCUCGGAGGUUCCCAGCCAUCGUUAACUGCACAUCCAUUGACUGGUUUCAUGAGUGGCCACAGGAGGCCUUGCAAUCUGUCAGCAGGAGGUUCAUUGAAGAGAUUGAGGGUCUUGUGCCAACUGUCCAAGAAUCAAUCAGUGUUUUCAUGGCCUAUGUUCACAGCAGUGUCAAUCAGGCAAGUGAGAAGUACUGUCAGAAUGAAAAAAGAUACAAUUACACUACCCCAAAAAGCUUUCUUGAACAAAUUGACCUCUACAAAAGCCUGCUGAGGAAAAAGCGUAGGGAACUUUCUCAAAGGAUGGAGCGCCUUGUCAGUGGAAUCCAAAAACUGAAGACAACUGCAUCCCAGGUGGAGGAUCUUAAGAGUAAACUUUCAUCCCAAGAAGUUGAAUUAAACCUUAAAAAUCAGCAUGCAGAAACUCUGAUCGCAGUAAUAGGGCAACAGACAGAAAAAGUGAGCCAUCAAAAGUUUGUAGCAGACGCUGAGGAGCAGAAGAUAGCAGCAAUGCAAGCUGAAAUAUCUAUGAAGCAAAAAGAAUGUGAAAAUGAUCUUGCUAGAGCUGAACCAGCCCUUGUAUCAGCUACUGCUGCUCUAAAUACACUUAACAAGGUGAACCUAACAGAGCUAAAGAGCUUCCCAAAUCCACCAGUUGCAGUAACCAAUGUAACAGCAGCUGUAAUGGUCUUGCUGGCUUCCCGAGGCAAAAUUUCAAAAGACAGAAGCUGGAAGGCUGCAAAGGUUUUUAUGGGAAAGGUUGAUGACUUCCUUGAAAUGCUAAUACGUUAUGAUAAAGAGCAUAUCCAUGAAAACUGUCUAAAAGUAAUUAAAGAAGAGUAUUUAACAAACCCUGAAUUUAACCCUGAUCGAGUUCGUACAAAAUCCUCAGCAGCAGCAGGACUUUGUGCAUGGGUUAUCAACAUUGUUAAAUAUUAUGAGGUAUUCUGUGAAGUGGAACCAAAACGAGUGGCUUUAUCAAAAGCAAAUGAGGAUUUGACUACUGCUACCGUAAAGUUGGAAUCAAUCAGAAAAAAGUUACUUAGUUUAGAUACUAAUUUACAAAGACUCACAACACAAUUUGAGGAAGCAACUGCUGAAAAAGUGCAUUGCCAGGAAGAAGUGACAAGAACCAACAAGACAAUAAAACUGGCUAAUCGCCUGGUAAAAGGUCUUGAGUCUGAAAAUAUCCGCUGGGCCCAAGCUGUGACAUUUUUUGAAGCUCAAGAGAAGACACUUUGUGGAGAUGUCCUGUUGGCAGCAGCUUUUAUAUCUUACAUUGGCUCCUUCACUAGACAUUAUCGACAAGAGCUAGUGGAAGGGAUGUGGCUUCCCUUCUUGAAAUCACAAAAGGUUCCAAUUCCGUUAACAGAAGACUUGGACCCAAUAUCUUUGCUGACUGAUGGUGCUACAGUUGCAGAAUGGAACAAUGAAGGUUUGCCUAGUGACAGGAUGUCAACAGAAAAUGCUACUAUUUUAACAAACUGUGAGCGCUGGCCUCUUAUCAUUGAUCCCCAACAACAAGGAAUCAAGUGGAUAAAAAAUAAAUAUAAAAAUGACCUCACGAUUGUGCGAAUAGGGCAAAAAGGAUAUUUAGACAUCAUUGAAAGAGCUCUAGCAUCUGGGGAUGUUGUUGUACUUGAAAAUCUAGAAGAAGCUGUGGAUCCAGUUCUUGAUCCACUGCUGGGGCGUAACACAGUCAAAAAGGGACGAUAUAUCAGGAUUGGAGAUAAAGAGUGUGAAUUUAACAAAGGUUUCCGAUUAAUCCUUCACACCAAGAUGGCAAAUCCACAUUACAAACCAGAAAUGCAAGCACAAACGACAUUAAUAAACUUCACUGUAACACAAGAAGGUCUGGAAGACCAGCUAUUGGCAGAGGUGGUUAGCAGUGAAAGACCAGAUUUGGAGAAGAACAAGUCUGACCUUACUAAGCAACAGAAUGACUUUAAAAUAGAGUUGAAAAGGUUAGAGGAUGAACUGUUAACACGGUUAUCUGCAGCAGAAGGGAAUUUUCUGGGAGACACAGUUCUUGUUGAAAAUUUGGAGACAACCAAACAAACAGCUGCUGAGAUUGAGCACAAGGUUAUUGAAGCAAAGGAGAAUGAAAUAAAGAUCAAUGAGGCUCGUGAGUUGUAUAGACCAGCAGCACAAAGAGCAUCUGUUCUUUACUUCAUCAUCAAUGACCUGAGUAAAAUUAAUCCAAUGUAUCAGUUUUCUCUGAAGGCAUUUAAUAAAGUCUUCCAUAAAGCUAUUGAGCGGGCUGAAAAAUCGGAAGAGGUGAAGGAUCGAGUUGUCAAUCUGACAGACUGCAUUUCAUACUCUGUAUUCCUGUACACCAGUCGUGGACUUUUUGAAAGAGACAAGCUCACCUUCCUGUCACAAACUGCUUUUCAGAUUCUUUUGAGAAAUAACGCAAUGGAUCCUCAAGAACUGGACUUCCUUUUAAGAUUCCCUAUUGAAAACAACAGUAAAAGCCCUCUGGAAUUUUUAUCUUCCCAGUCAUGGAGUGCAAUCAAGACAAUGUCCACAUUAGAUGAAUUCCGAGGACUGGACAAGGACAUAGAAGGAUCUGCAAAGCGCUGGAAGAAGCUUGUGGAGUCUGAGUGUCCUGAAAAAGAAAAGUUUCCACAGGAAUGGAAAAACAAGAGUUCUCUACAAAAGCUUAUUAUAUUACGAGCAAUUCGCCCUGAUAGAAUGACAUACGCAGUCAGACACUAUGUUGAAGAAAACAUGGGAUCAAAAUAUGUUGAAGGCGUUCAGAUGGAUUUUAUUAAAUCCUAUGAAGAGAGCAGCCCUGCUACACCAAUAUUUUUCAUACUGUCACCUGGAGGGAAUCCUCUGAAACAUGUUGAGUCUCUUGGUAAGAAGAUGGGCUUUACAAUUGAUUCUGGAAAACUCUAUAAUGUGUCCCUUGGACAAGGUCAAGAAACAGUUGCAGAAGAAAGUUUAGAAAAGGCUUCCAGAGAAGGCCACUGGGUGAUCCUGCAGAACAUUCAUUUAGUUGCCAAAUGGCUAGGAACCCUGGAAAAAUUACUAGAUCAUUAUUCUGAGAACAGCCAUGCAGAUUUCAGAGUAUUUAUUAGUGCUGAGCCAGCAGGAACACCAGAAGAGCACAUCAUUCCGCAAGGAAUUUUGCAAAAUUCCAUUAAGAUUACUAAUGAGCCACCGAGUGGCAUGUUAGCUAACCUUCAUUCUGCACUAUACAACUUUGACCAGGACACCCUGGAAAUGUGUGCCAGAGAACAGGAAUUCAAAAGUAUCCUGUUUUCUCUCUGUUACUUCCAUGCCUGUGUAGCUGAAAGACGCAAAUUUGGACCACAAGGCUGGAACCGAAGCUACCCAUUCAAUACUGGAGAUCUCACCAUAUCCGUGAAUGUGUUAUACAACUACCUGGAGGCAAAUACAAAGGUCCCCUGGGAAGAUCUCUGCUAUCUUUUUGGGGAGAUAAUGUAUGGAGGACAUAUUACAGAUGACUGGGAUAGGAGAUUAUGUAACACCUAUUUGCAGGAAUUCAUGCAGCCAAAUUUGCUUGAUGGGGAGCUUUUUCUUGCCCCGGGCUUUGUGGCUCCACCCAACUUGGACUACCCGGGCUAUCAUAAGUAUAUUGAGGAUUAUCUUCCUACGGAAAGCCCUGCACUCUAUGGCUUGCAUGCCAAUGCUGAAAUUGAAUUCCUGACAGUGACUUCAGACAACCUGUUUAGGACCCUGCUGGAGCUGCAGCCUCAUAAUUUAACUGUUGGAGAGGGUUCAACACAAACUGCAGAGGAGAAGGUGAAAAAUGCCCUUGAUGAGAUAUUGGAGAAGCUUCCAGAAGAAUUCAAUAUGCAAGAAAUUGUGCAGAAAACCACAGAACGCUCUCCUUAUAUACUGGUUUGCUUUCAAGAAUGCGAACGCAUGAAUCUUUUACUUCAGGAAAUCAGAAGAUCUCUAAGAGAACUGGAUUUGGGACUGAAGGGAGAGCUGACAAUCUCUUCUGAAAUGGAGGCCCUGCAAUCAGCUCUGUAUUAUGACAGUGUGCCAGAGUCCUGGAUUAAAUUGGCAUACCCAUCAAUAUAUCCCCUUGCACAAUGGUUUAAUGAUCUCCUUUUGCGAUGCCGUGAACUGGAUACAUGGACUCAAGAUCUGACCCUGCCUGCAGUGGUUUGGCUAUCAGGAUUAUUUAAUCCUCAGUCAUUCCUGACAGCAAUCAUGCAGAGUAUGGCUCGCAAAAAUGAAUGGCCUUUAGAUAAAAUGUGCUUGACGGUUGAUGUCACUAAAAAAUCCAAGGAUGACUACGGUCACCCACCAAGAGAAGGGGCCUACAUUCAUGGUCUAUAUAUGGAAGGUGCUCGAUGGGACAUCCAAAAUGGAGUCAUCACAGAAGCCAGGCUGAAAGACUUGACACCAGCUGUGCCAGUAAUCUUUGUUAGAGCCAUUCCACUGGACAGACAGGAACUGAAAAACAUGUACGAGUGUCCUGUGUACAGCACAAAAUCACGCGGCUCAAACUACAUCUGGACUUUCAACCUGAAAACCAAAGAGAAGCCUGCCAAGUGGAUUCUAGCAGGAGUGGCAUUAUUGCUGUCAGUGUAGAUAAUGGGGUCUACUUUAUAUGUUUCUUUAUGCCAUGACCAUCAUAAAUAAUUGUAUAGAUUUUAUAUAAAAGGAUUGCUUUAGGUACAAUACUUAUACAAUAAAAAUGAAAAAUAAAAUCUUUUAUUUUAAAAUGUUUGUAAAA